GCAGAGCAGGGUGUGAGCGAGAGAGCACGAGAACCAGAGAGAACGCGCACAUGAAGGAGAGGAGACUGAGAGAAGGGGGUUGUUUUAUGUGUGCUGCUCGUGUGCAUGACUGAGGAGCCUUCCUGCCUGGAUCGUUAGUCAUCUCCAGCCCCAGAGCUGGGCUCUGUGCUCCAUAGGCUGUACUGACUGAGGAACACAGGGACAGACAGACAGAGGCUGGUGGACUUGAGAGGGCUGUGCAGAGGAUGUGCUGGCUGCGUGGGCUCUGUCGCCGUGAUCGCUGUCGCCAGACCCCUCAGCUGCUUCUGCCUCACUCGGCUGCUAUUGCAGGCCCCCACUUAGACAAGCACUCGGAGGACAUCAGCAGUCAGUGGUAGAGAGAUGAGCUCCAAGCACUCUUCCGACUGGAUCCCCUACAGUACCUUGGACGAUGAGGGCAGCAACCUCCGCCAACAGAAGCUAGACAGACAGCGAGCUCUCCUAGAGCAGAAGCAGAAGAAGAAGAGACAGGAGCCUCUGAUGGUGCAGUCCAACGUGGACGGGCGGUCUCGUGCCCGCAGGACCAAGCAGUGUGAGGAGCAGGCUCCCCUGGUAGAGUCUUACCUCAGCAGCAACAGGAGCACCAUCUACCACGUGCAAGAAGCUGAACAUGAGGAGGUGAAGGUGGUAGCGGACAACCAGGCCCCUCGCUCAGCCAAAAAGGGCAAGGCAUCGACCAGCUCCACCCCGCAGACAGGCAGCGGCAAGAAGGAGAGGAAGGGGAAGCACAAAGGACUCGAUGGGCCGGCGUCCUUCCAGGAAGAGGGCCAGAUCCAGAUCAUGACGGUGGGUCACUGGGCCGUGGAGGAGGGGAGUGAGGGAGAUGCUGUGAUCAGUGCUCAGUCACAGGGCAAGCAGGACCUGAGGGUCACCAUGCUUAAGAAAGGUAUUUCUAGUAGUAUGAAUUUUGACGAAGAGGAGGAUGACGAAGAUGAAGUCAGUUCCAGUUCCUCUCAGCUCAACAGUAACACACGGCCAGGCUCUGCCACCAGCAAGAAGUCCUGCAAGGAGGCAGCCUCAGCAUCCACCCCUCCCGUCAGUGAGCCGGCCAUCGACGUGGACGACCUGGAAGAGUUCACCCUGAGACCAGCCCCUCAGGGGAUCACGGUGAAGUGCAGGAUCACCAGAGACAAGAAGGGCAUGGACCGAGGCAUGUACCCUACCUACUACCUCCACCUGGAGAGGGAGGAUGGGAAGAAGGUGUUCCUGUUAGCUGGAAGGAAGAGAAAGAAGAGCAAAACAUCUAAUUACCUCAUCUCCAUCGAUCCCACUGAUCUGUCUCGAGGGGGGGAGAGUUUCAUCGGGAAGCUGAGGUCCAACCUCAUGGGAACCAAGUUUACAGUGUAUGACAGUGGACAGAACCCUGGGAAGACAACCUCCAGCCUAGAGGCUACUAACCUGCGUCAGGAGCUGGCAGCUGUCUGCUAUGAAACCAAUGUUUUAGGGUUCAAAGGACCUCGUAAAAUGAGUGUCAUCAUUCCUGGAAUGAACAUGGACCAUGAGAGAGUCGCCAUCUGCCCACGGAAUGACCAUGAGUCUUUACUGGCGCGGUGGCAGAACAAGAGCACAGAGAGCGUGAUCGAGCUUCACAACAAGACCCCCGUGUGGAACGACGACACUCAGUCCUACGUUCUCAACUUCCACGGCAGAGUCACUCAGGCCUCAGUCAAGAAUUUCCAGAUCAUCCACGACAAUGACCCGGACUACAUUGUGAUGCAGUUUGGGCGGGUUGCGGAGGAUGUAUUCACCAUGGACUAUAACUACCCUAUGUGUGCCCUCCAAGCCUUCGCCAUUGCUCUCUCCAGCUUUGACAGCAAGCUGGCCUGUGAGUAGCAGCCACCCUCAGUCCUUUCCCUCCUGAGAAGCUACCUGCUCCAAACUGAAGGCCUACUCAUGGGCCUCCAUUAGUCCAUCAAUCCCCUCACCAAGGGCUUCAGUUAAUCCCGGGUCACCAUUGGGGCCCAACACUGUCCAAGAAUCCCCCCUGGAAUUUGCUUAAGCCGAGGAUGGUGUGGAGGCACAAACUGUCUGCAACUGUGUCUGUGAGUGUGUGUAUGUGUUCUGGUGCUCCUUAGGAACCCUUCCAGUCUCUAUUCUGGAUAAGGAUAUGUCAAUCAGUGGACAGGACAAGCACAAAGACUAAUCCACUCUUGCAUCUUAAGGCUCAUUUUAAUAGAUCAUGUUUUAAAUUAAAUAUGUAACAAUGAAUCCUGUUACUUUAUGUAUCCGUUGUGGAAUUCUAACAUUUCUUUAACCAUGAAUUACUUUUCAAUGAAUUUAACAUUUAUUGCAACAACAAAAAAACGAACAACUGUUCAUCUUCAUGUUGAAUUGGUUGAAGGAGUUUCAUCGUAGUAAUUAACCCCCACAUGCCACCUUUAACUUAUUCAAUACUGGACUGGAAACCAUUAGGUUACACAUUAGGAGCCAUUCAAGAUUGAAAACGUAAUUCAAAAGAUAAAGCUCCUAACAAAUAACACUUUAACUUCAUAACUGUCGCUAAUAUUACUCAUUUGAACAUCACAUAACAUUCACAUCCAUGUAUGUGUUUAUAUUGUUAUUUAUGUAUUUAUACAUAUCAUGACACAGGUAACUGCCAAAAUAAAGGAAACACCAACAUAAAGCGUCUUAACAAGGGGUUGGGUUACCACGAGCUGCCAGAACAGCUUCAAAGCACCUUGAUAUAGAUUCUACAAGUAUCUGGAACUAUACUGGAGGGAUGCGACACCAUUCUUCCACGAGAAAUUCCAUAGUUUUAUGUUUUGUUUAUGGUGGUAGAAAACGCUGUCUCAGGCGCCGCUCCAGAAUCUCCCAUAAGUGUUCAAUUGGGUUGAGAUCUGGUGACCCCCAUGCUCCUUUGAGACCCCUCUUU